GUCUGACAAAAACAAAAAUCAACAAGUUCAGGUAAGCAAAAUGCUUAACCUUCAGUGGGGAAAAGUAAAUUAUAGAACUCAAUUCGAUUUAGAAAAGAUUAUAUAAAUGUUUGAGGUAAUGGUUGGUUAUACUUUGUGUAUAAUGUAUAAAGAGGAGAUAAUGAAUCCAAAUGACUUCAAAGAGGGUGAACAAUAAAGAUUUGUUUUAUACUGUGAGGAUUGAGGUUUGAGGAACCGUAGGUUUUACUUUGUGUAUAAUGUAUAAAGGGGAGACAAUCAAUCCAAAUGACUGCAUAGGGCGUGAAGAAUAAAGAUUCGUUUGAUAUUGUCAUGUUUGAGGUAACGAAAGCUUUCGACACUGGUAUCAAGUUUAUAAAUUUACCAUCUGCGAGAAUCUGUUUGGAAUGUUAAAGGUGUGAUGUUUUCACUGAGAAUAGUUGCUACUGACCAUUAUUUGUGUCCCCCUAUCCCAGAAUUGGAUGUUCGAUACUCUGAUUUGACACAGUCAGAGAUAUGGAGAGUCCCUGUAAUUAGGGUAUAUGGAUCAACUCCAAGUGGUCAGAAAACAUGCAUGCAUGUACAUGGAGUUUUUCCUUAUUUGUACGUGCCAUAUGAUGGAACCCAACCAUGGGACCGUUAUCUGAAGUUGUUUGCUAGAAGUUUGGACAAAGCUUUGAAUGUUAGUUUGAAUAAAGUCAACUCUAAUACACAGCAUGUUUAUAAAAUCAACCUUGUGUCAGGGAUACCAAUGUAUGGAUACCAUGAAAAGGAAGAACAGUUCUUAAAGAUUUUCUUAUACAAUCCCAGAAUGGUCAAGAAGGCUGCUGAUUUGCUACUUGGAGGAGCAGUGAUGAAUAAAGCUUUUCAGCCACAUGAAGCUCAUAUACCAUAUAUACUUCAGAUGUUUAUUGACUAUAAUUUGUAUGGAAUGAAUAUGAUUAAUGUUUGUGCAGUCAAAUUUAGGAAGCAGAAAACAGAUGAUGGUGAAAGCUGUUAUUUACCUUAUGAAAGUUAUAAUAGAAUGCAAAAAAAGAAGGAAUCCGAAGAAUUAAGUCCAUCAACACCUACUACACUCUUUGACAGAACAGAAAUAGUCACACACAAAACAUGGGAUAUCAAUAACAUACAGGAGGAAUUGUUACUUGAUGAAUCCAUCACUAGACAGAGUACAUGUGAACUAGAAUGUGAUGUAGUGGCUCCAGAUAUCUUAAAUCGACAGGAUGUGGAUGACAAAAUUGGUAUUAAUCCUGGACUUGCAGCCUUAUGGGAGGAUGAAAAACAAAGGAAACGAAAUAUGGGAGAGACAUCUCAGAUUACUCCACCAGAUUCUCAAGAGAGAGAAGAUAUAGAAAUGAGUGAGAGUGACAAAAUGUUGAGGUUAAAAUACCUACAGAUAAUACAGGAUCAAAAACCAUAUAUAGAUAGCCAGACUACAGAUGAGUCACAAGGAUCAGUUAGAGACAAUAGCCAAGCCUCUGUUCUAGAUAUGCAGUUGUCAGAAGAAGGUUUAGAAAGCUCGUCUCUGGAUACAGUGAUUGUAGAGGAUGAUGAAAUGAUACCAAUUAUUUCUGUAGAUUCCAUUAAACGUGUUGUAUCAAUGAGUCAGAGUUUUUCAGCAUCACAGCCAUCACUAGCAAACAGUCAAGACAAGUCUCUAGCAGAUAUUUUAGCUUCUUUAGCUGAGGAAAAUUGCAGUUCUUCAUCACAGGAAACUGCACAACAAAUAACUGCACUAGAGGAAAGAGAUAGUAUUCUUUUGGAGAAAUCUCAACCUAUUGACGAUGAAGAUGUUAAACAACAGGACGAGGAAACUUUAGAGAUGACACAAGUGGUUUUUGAUGAUGUGGAUAAAAAUAAAGACACUAUUAACCAACAAGAAGAGAUGAUAUUACCGGAAGCAAGAUCUGCUGACUUUAAUCUAGAAGGUUUAGAUGACACUUGGAAUAUGUCUCAGUUUAUUGGUGGUGAUGGUGAAGAUGAAACAGAUGACGAUAUUCCACAAUUUGAUGGAGUAGGGGAUGAACUAGGAAAAGAAACAAAAACAGAGAAAAAUCUUCAGAAACCAUUUGUUUCUAACCAGGUACCAACAGCUGGAAACAUGGAAAACAAUUCGGACUCACCAUCUCUUGGAUCAAAUAGUCAAAACGAAAAUACAGACCAAAUAUCAUCACAGUCUCAAAACGAAACAAUUCCAGCUACAGUUUCUUAUAGGAAAAGAUAUAGGGAAGACAACUCUGUCUACUCAGGACAUGGUUUUGAUAAUUUCGGUAACAUAGUUUCAUCUCAUCAAACUGGAAAUGACAUUCAUAAAGGCAAUGUCAAUUUGCAUUCAAUUAACCAAAUGAAUUCAUCCCAAAGCAGACUUGGUAACAAUGGCAAUUAUAGCAAGAUAUUGCACACAUCAGCACAUGAUAGUAACCGUAGAUGUAAACAAUCAACCGUACAUAGUAGUCAAAUGCCAACAAGUAAUCCUGGUAGUUGUAUCAAAUCACCCGUUCAUGAAGACAAUCUAGGAAUCAAUGCUCAGUCACUUUUCAGGAUGUCCCCUUCGCCAGAAAAAGAUAACUUUACUGUGCAUCAUUAUUCUCAGGAUAGUUUACAAGGAAACAAGGAAAUAGGAUCAGUUCAAGAGCAGAUGCUACAAUCUAAUAAUAAUUAUCAUAGAAACAUGCCAUCUUUGAAUGAUUUAUUGCGCCAAUCACAUUUUCAUAUGUCAAAUGUUAAUCCGUAUGACAAUAUUAAAGGGCACUCAUCACAAUAUCCUGCUACAUCAAAUGUGCAAUCUGUUUCUCAGCCAGUUGUGAAUAAAUUAUUGCAGACUGGUUACCAGGUGAAUUCUGGUUCUCAGAAAACUUUGCCAGGAUCUCACUAUAAUGGAAGCCAAAACGGGAAUCACCAAAUGCCUCAUACACCAUCAUAUAAAAUUGGACAAGAGCAGCAGCAAAUGCAGAAGUCUUCGGAAAAUAAUCUGUUUACACCAGUGAAUCUGCAAACUUUAUUGUUACCUAAGUCAUAUCAACACGCUCAGUCUGGAUCUAUUGUGCCAUCUCUAAUCACAGAAGAACAUUUGACAAAUUGUAACAAUCAAAAUAAUCAGUCAGAUCAACGGUUUUCAGCAACUAAUGCAUUAGUUAAUAUGCCGACUUCUCAAGUAUUACCAAUGAACGACCAACUCAAGGUGCAAAACAUUCAGUAUACAUUGCCAGUGUCCUCAAAUGGUCAAUUUUACAUGCAAAGUCAUAGGAAUUCAUUUGACAAUUUGCACGAAUAUUCUCAUAGAAAUAUGAAACAGACAUCUUCAACUGUUAGGAAUGUGUCAUCAAGAUUGACACACCAGCAUAGUGGGAGGAAUGUGUCAUCAAGCUUGACACACCAGCAUAGUGGGAGUAAUGUGUCAUCAUCAAACUUGACACACCAGCACAGUAGGAGUAAUGUGUCAUCAUCAAGCUUGACACACCAGCAUAGUGGGAGUAAUGUGUCAUCGUCAAGCUUGACACACCAGCAUAGCAGGAGUAACGUGUCAUCCUCAAGCUUGACACAGCAGCACAGUGGGAGCAAUGUUAAUCAUUUUCAGGAGAAGAGUUUUCACCAGUUAUUGACAGAAGAUGAACAUCUUUCAAAACAAGAUAAUUCAGAAGAUGGUAUUUGUUUCAAAAAUUCACAGCUGUCUGAAAACACUACGAAUUAUAAGUCAAAGCCAUAUACUGAAUUAAUUCCAAAGUGCCAUCAAUAUAUAGGACAGUCAUCCAAUGAACAUUCAUGUUUACCCAGUAAUAACAUACAUGUUGAGCAAAACAGGCGGCAGAAGAAAAAUUUGACUGAAUUUAAUCAAACUUCCUCUUUUCAUCCAGUGGAAAGCAAAGAUCAGUCAAUCAAUAAUUCUUUACAGAGAUCUAUUACAGAGGAUUUGAAGAAAAAACAGGAUAUGUCAGUCAUUCACCAAACUCACAAAGCGCCACAUAACAUUGGCUACUUAUAUAAACAUUCAGGGAUGCAACCUAUGCAACAAAAUCCAAAGGCCAAGGAAAUAUCAAGGUCAACCAAUAUAAGACAAAAACUACAAAGAAUUCCUUCAGCAUCUACAAUUAUGCCUAGCAUGCAUGAAAAUAUAAAAAAAAAAGCUACAAUGAAAAAUGAAGGUAAAAGUUGUAAAAACUUUCACUCAAAAAAUGAGCCAUCUACCUUAGAAAGGUUACUAUUGUAUGGAAACGAUGAUACAAUUAUGGGAUCAUCUUGUAAUAAAACGGACAAUGCUUCAGAAGUUUAUGUACAGUCUACAAAUGAAAGUACUGAUCAGUUUCUCCAUUCAUCACAAUUAUCAUCUACUCAAAGAGCAUUAUCUCAACCACAAACACAUUGUGAAAGCUCUGUUAGAAUGGAUAAAACUCAAGGAAGUGAGAGAAAAAAUACUUUAUCUAGUCUAGAGACUCUUGUCAAGAAUGUUAAUCACGAAUCAAGCUUUGGAUAUCAUUAUAAAAGUCCUGUACACAGUCAAGAUUUGAAUAAUUUCGAUCCCUUUUCUGUUUCUGACACAAAUAGUGUAUGUAAUACCAGUGAAUCUUCCAGUUACUCCUGGCAAAAAUCACCAGCUCACAAUGAUGAUACUGAAUCAUCAAGUGACUUUAGUCAUCCUAAAUUGUCUUGUCUUUAUGAUGGUAGCAAGUCACCAAAUCAAUUUUGUGUUUAUAAAUCACCUAGCCAGUUUGGUGGUAAGCCACCUAAUCAUGUUGGACUAGGAAGGAGUUUAUCAUAUAGUGGAUCUUUACAUUAUGACAAUUUUAACUCUAAUACAUUAAAAGAGCAAAAUAAGAUGCAUUUACAUGAAAAAUAUCAACAUCCCUUGGAUCUAAACCACACAUGGUCAGAAUCUAGUAAAAAUGUCAAAAAACAAAAAGCAGCUAUUAAGAGGUCAAAUAGUUUCACAUUUGAGAAAAAGGUACAACAGGGGACAAGAACAAAUUCAAUUCAGCAAAUGAAACAGCAUUGUGGUGUGAAAUCAAAGAAACCACUUACACCCAAUCGGGCAUACUCAUUUACAUUCCAUCUUCCAACGCCUUUUUACAAAAAACUGAAGUUUAAAAACGAGAAGGAAUUGAAGCAUGACAUCAGUGUUGUAAGAAUGCACCCUAUGGAUGCACGAAGAUACAGUUUGUUGAAAAUCGGCAGAGGAAUUGUAAAAGUUAAAAAACUCUCCCAAACAGACAUUGAUAAAUCUGGUAUUAAAGCCUCAUUGGAAGAGCUGUUGAGAAAAGCUGAAAACAACCAAAAACAAAAAAGCCUUUUCUAUCAAAAAUGUGUUCAAAAUUAUAAAAUGAAAUCACCAUAUGAUAUAAAAACUCAGGAUGUUAAAUUUGUGAAUGAGAUAAAUGUUUCUAAUAAGAAAGAUAACUUGAUCUCAAAGAAACAUAAAUCUCUGGUGAAUAUGGCAAAUAUUUAUCGUGAACCAAUGAUUGCUCCUCCCGCACAGACUUUAUCAGCAUCAUCCAAGGAUUGUCAUAGUAUUCAAAAAGUAACACUUACAUCAAUUAUUGAAAAUGCUUUGUUAACAACCGUUAUUCAAGAUAAUGACGAAGAAAAUACCAUAAAUCUACCUCAGACUGUUACAGGUUCUUCUGAUCAGUGGAAUGAUCGACAAUCAGUGCAAUAUCUCAGUUCCAAUAGUUUGGAAAACAAUGGAAAUUAUAAUAAAAAUGUGUCGCAUGAGGAAACAAAAGUUUUAAAAAGUACUUCCCUAAACCAGAGUCAUCAAGUAAAUUUAAAUUUUGAAGAAAAGGAGCUUGUUGAAAAUUCAGGAUUAGAUAAUCUGAUGUUGUACAAUAACUGUAGUCCUAUUGGGCAAAACUUUUCAUCAGGAAAAUGUGAUUCAAGCUUGCUGGAAACAAAUCUCUCAAAAAAUGAUAGUCAAUUAUGUGAGAACUCAGUGAAGACAUUUUUAAAAAAUAGUAAUUGUUUUGCUUCUGUGAAAUAUAAUUCAGGGAAUUUGAGUGCAAAUAUGAUGUUUCCAACUCAUAGCCUUUUAAAUACAAGUGGAAACUCUGAGCAUCAGAAAAUUGGUUCAAGUAAAGAUUUUAUAGCAACAAAUGUAGCUUCAAACGAUUGUUGUCCUGAAUAUAACAAGAAGUCAAUGUUGAAAAGUCCUACUGCUGUCAUUGAUUCUGAAAUAGGGGAUGAAAGUAUAAUCUUGAAAGACGAAAGUUUAACUGGUGAAAUUCUUAAUAUAAAAAGCGAUUUUGGAAAAAAAAAUAAAGAUUUGAAUCAUUAUGUGGGAAAAACAGGAAUAACUGGUGCAAACACUAAAACAGAUAAAAGUCUAAUAACAGGCUUUGUAGAAGAUAAAGAAUUUGUUGCAUCAGAAAAAUGUCUUGACCAAAAUUCCUUGAAAUGUUUGGAUUCUUUCACAUCAAAGCCUGGAAAUGGUUAUAAAAAACGAAAAUUGCUGGAAAAUCUAACUGUUACAUAUGGACCUGCUAAAUGGCAGAAAACAGUAAAAAGUCCUGACUUAUCCAAUGUUUCUUCAGAAUCAUCAAAUGAUGACUCUCUCCAUCAUUUUGACUUUUUUUCCCUUGAAAAAGAAAAUGGUGUAAGCAGCUCUGAACAGAAAAGUUCAUGUGGUUAUUAUCAAGGUUUAACAAUUGACUGCAUUAGAAAACCUUACCCAACAUGCAAGAGGAAAUAUUCACUUAGUAUGAACCGUAAGCUUCAAGUUGCCUUUCUGAGUAAGAAGACAAAAAGAAAAAACCAGGCGAAACAUGCAAGUAAAAAUAACAAAAUAAAAAUAUUGGGACUAUCACUGCUUCAUGAAGCAACAUUGGCUAAUUUAACAGAGAAAAAAUCAUCAAAUGAAGUUGAUCUUGGCGAAACUGAUUCGGAGUUCGAAGAUGUCCUUUCAAAAAUGGCUCUCUAUUCCUCCCCAGAAACUGACAGUUUAGAUAGCUUGCCUCCUCAACCAUUUUCUCCGGAAGGGUUAUCUCAAAGUAUAUCAAGUUCUGAAUAUUGUAAUAAAAAGGAAUUUUCUAACUUGGAAAUGGAAACAUCAGAACUAAGUUAUUUAUGUGAUAUUGACAAUUCAGAGAGAUUGUUGACAGAAAAAUGUAACAUUGAUGGAUUUUCAAACUUUGAUGACCAACAUUUUUCAAAAACUGACUGCUGUAAGAAAGCUGUUGUGAAGCUUAAUCGUUUGUCAGAAGACGAAAUUGAAAAGUAUAAGAGGGAAAAGCAAAAUAUCAAAACAGAACAAGAAAAUUCACCACCAGAUUUAGAGCCACAAACUAUCUCACAAUAUCCAAAAUAUGGUUCAUGUAGAAAUGAAAAAAAUCAUAUAGUGAAAUCACACAUAAAUCCAACAGAAGUUUCAUCUUGUAAUUCAAAAUAUGGUGAUCUUGACAGCCUUAGUGAGCCAACUCUCAGCAUAACAGCAGACAAGAUUAAUAAUGUGCAGUUAUUAAAGUCUGGUGAAAAUCAAGUUGGAGAUAAAGUUAUGGAGAUUUCUAUGUCAAAACAUUUAACAAAUGAUAAAGUCAAUAUUAAUCCAGUAUAUUUGAAGGAAACUGAAUCCCUGCCAGCUAAGGAUUAUGUUUGUGAGCCUGUUCAACAUAACUUGAUUUGUGCAAGUGAUGACAAAGUUUAUACAUCUAAAUUAUUACCUCCAUCUAAAAAACAUGUGACUGAUACAGCCAUAAAACUGAACUUAAAUCAGGCAAACAACCAAAACGCAUUUUGUAGUAAUCCUGAUGAUAUUCCAGAAAAACCGAAAGAACUAGGAGGGAGAAAACUAAGCAUUGAAUCAACUCAGUUGUCUGAGUUAGCUGAGUUUAGCAGUGAUUUUGGGAGUGACAAUAUAGCAAAAUGGAGAGGCAUUAUUUGUUCAGCAGGUGUCGACUUUGUUAACUCUAAAGAUAUACUUGAUAAAAUAGACAGGGACAGACAACUGCAGUUUUCAAUAGUAGAAGAUGCUCAUGUUAUCAUCACACCUUGUAAACCUGCGCCUUUAUGUAAAACUAUAAGAUAUUGGAAGAAUAGUAGACAGAUUUAUAAACAUAGCUCUGUGAAAGAAAGAAAAAAAAUUGAUAUAAAAAAACAAGAGCAGAUUGAAUUUAAGUGUAUACAAAAGUUUCAACAAAAAUUUUAUUCCGUAAAGCCAAAUAAGAGUGUUAGCUUCAAUGGCCAAUAUAGUGAAAAAAUGUCUUCAUCUUCAAAAGCUAGUAGAACAUGUGUAAAUGAGAUGAAAUCCAACAUUGAUGAAAAUAGCCUGAUUUGUGACAUUUCUAGGGAUGAUACUGAAGAUGAUGUCAUAGGCCCCUCCCCGCCUGAUGUUACACCGUCCAAUAGAAAUAUCAAACACAUAUUACGUGAAACUUCUAGGGAUGAUACUGAGGAUGAUGUCAUAGGCCCCUCCCCACCUGGUGUUACACCUUCCAAUCGAAAUAUCAAAGACAUAUUACGUGAAAGUUCUAGGGAUGAUACUGCGGAUGAUGUAAUAGGCCCCUCCCCACCUGGUGUUACACCGUCCAAUAGAAAUAUCAAUCACAGAUUACAAAACAGACUUUUCUCAUCUCAGCCUGGAUUACUCACUAGUUCAUUAUUGUCUAGUCAGCAGACACUACACAGUACACCGCUGACAAAAGUUCGAAAUAAUAAUCUUGUAUUGCCUGCUUGUACACCAAUAAACCAUUUAAAGAAAGAGGCUCCUUUGUCCAGACUAGAGGCUGUUAAUAGCAGGAAGGGAGAAUUGUCAAUUGAAUUACAGCAAUAUUCCACACCUGUACAGAAAAGAAAUGUUUCCCAGAUAGAUGGACCUACACCUAAAAAUUCAUUUGGAUUCCAGAUAAGCCAACAAAAUUUUCAUGAUGCUAAAGCACUCCAUGAGGUACAGAAUAUGACAGUAUUAAGUAUGGAACUAUUAGCAGACAGUAGAGGGGACCUACUUUCAGAUCCAGAAGUAGAUGCCAUAAAGGCUGUUUUCUACACUAUACAUAAUGAUAUGAAUGAUACAGACAUAACAGGGGUUAUAGUGGUUGAUGCAGAAUCUACCAAGAUUCAGGAAGAAUCAAGAGAAAAGAGUAAACAGUCAGCACAUCUGUUGACAUGCAACAAUCAAAAUCCAUCAACUUCAACGGGUUCAUCACCUGUAUCAGAGUCCCACAAGCCUUCAACUUCAUCAGAUACAACGGGUUCUACACUUGUAUCAGAGUCCUUCAAGCCUUCAACUUCAACAGAUACAACAGAUAGGACACCAUGUCUUAAGGAUACUGUAAAAAGUGACCAGUUAUCAUCAAAACUGCAAAAAUACACUUCAUUUUCUGGUGUACAUUUAAAUCAAACAUUACUCCAGAAGUCAGGGAUUGAUGACAAUUUGCAGGUUGCAUAUGUAGAAACAGAGAUUGGUCUUUUUAAUGCAUUUAAGGAUCUGAUAACAAGAUUGGAUCCAGACUUGUUAGUUGGUUAUGAAAUACAAAAAACAUCUUGGGGAUAUUUAUUGCAGAGAGCAGCUCAAGUUGGUAUUGAUCUUUGUUCACAGAUAUCUAGGAUACCAGAAGAGAAACGAGGUAGCCAUUUUUCAGCUGAGAAGGAUGAGUAUGGUGCUGAUAGCAUGUCAGAGAUUCAUAUUGUUGGCAGGAUUGUGCUCAAUCUAUGGAGAGUUAUGAGACAUGAGGUUACUCUUAAUAUUUAUACAUUUGAGAAUGUGAUGUUCCAUGUCCUUCACCAGAGAACACCUAAGUAUUCAUUUAGAAAUCUCAACUCUUGGUACAAUAAAAAGACACAUAAUCACAGAUGGAGAGUGAUAAAUUAUUAUAUCACCAGAGUCCGAGCUAACUUACAGAUAAUGGAACAGAUUGAUCUGGUUGGUCGCACAAGUGAAUUUGCCAGAGUAUUUGGAAUAGAGUUUUAUCAUGUUCUAUCCAGAGGAUCACAGUAUCGAGUUGAAUCAAUGAUGUUACGACUGGCUAAACCAAUGAAUUUCAUCGCAGUCUCACCAAAUGUGCACCAACGAGCUAGAAUGAGGGCGCCAGAGUGUAUACCUUUAACAUUAGAACCAGAAUCCAGAUUUUACCAUGAUCCUGUUGUUGUGGUUGAUUUUCAAUCACUAUAUCCAUCUAUCAUGAUUGCUUACAAUUACUGCUUCUCUACUUGUGUUGGAAGGAUAAGUUUACUGGAAAAAGCUCACGAGGGUGCUAUUGAAUUUGGAUGUACACAUUUGAAGAUUCCUCCUUCAGUUUUGAAGAAAAUCCAAGACGAUGUGACAGUUUCUCCAAAUGGAGUGGUGUUUGUGAAACAGAGCGUAAGGAAAGGAAUAAUCUCAGCGAUGGUAGAAGAUAUAUUAAAUACAAGAAUUAUGGUGAAGAAAGCCAUGAAAGAUUGCAAAAAGGACAAGACAUUACAUCGGCUGUUGCAUGCUAGACAGCUAGGGUUGAAACUGAUUGCCAAUGUAACUUAUGGAUACACUGGAGCUAAUUUUUCAGGACGUAUGCCAUGUAUUGAGGUUGGUGAUAGUAUUGUUAGGAAGGCAAGAGAAACUUUAGAAAGGUCUAUUAAACUGGUAGAAGACACACCAAAGUGGGGAGCAAAAGUUUUGUAUGGCGAUACUGAUAGCAUGUUCAUCUUAUUGAAAGGUAGAAGUAAAGAUGAUGCCUUUAAGAUUGGUUAUGAUAUCUGUGAUGCUGUAACAGCCUUGCAUCCAAGUCCAAUUAAACUCAAAUUUGAAAAGGUUUAUCUUCCUUGUGUAUUGCAAACAAAAAAGAGAUAUGUAGGAUUUAGUUAUGAAACGCCAGACCAAAAGGAACCAAUAUUUGAUGCUAAAGGAAUAGAAACAGUGCGAAGAGAUGCAUGUCCUGCCGUAGCAAAGAUUUUGGAAAGAUCAAUAAAAGUAUUGUUCACAACAAGAGAUGUUUCACAGGUUAAGCAAUAUGUUCAAAAUCAAUGUUGCAAAAUAAUGGAGGAAAAAGUUAGUAUGCUGGACUUGGUCUUUGCCAAGGAAUUCAGAGGGAUGUCUGGAUACAAACCUGGGGCAUGUGUUCCAGCUUUGGAAAUCUCAAGAAAAAUGUUGCAACAUGACAGAAGAUCUGAGCCUUCUGUGGGAGAGCGAGUACCCUAUGUUAUAGUAUAUGGAAGCCCAGGACUACCUUUAAUACAACUUGUUAAACAACCAUUUGAAUUACUGACUGAUCCGUCAUUAAGGAUAAAUGUUACAUACUAUAUCACUAAACAGAUCCUCCCACCAGUAGGAAGAAUAUUAUCUUUACUUGGAAUUGAUGUCUUCUCAUGGUAUAUUGAUAUGCCUAAAAUUAUACGUGUUGUACCACAUUCAGUUAUGCCUGCUGAAAACCGGAAGGGAACCAUUUCUCAGUACUUCUCAUCUUCCAACUGUCCUGUUUGUGAAAAGGCCACAAAUCAAAAUAUCUGUGAUAUCUGCAUUCAGGACCCACAAACAGUCACAACAGUACUAAACAGCAGAAUUAGAAAGUGGGAAAAAGCACAUUACCGAAUGUUGGAAAUUUGUAACUGUUGUAUGGGAGCACAAGAUGAAAAACAGCAUUGUGUAUCACUCGACUGUCCAAUAUUGUACAGACUUAACCUUGCCUUAAAAGAUAGCCAUAAAGGAACACAUUUCAGGGAUAUUAUUAACAAGUGUUUUGAAUUUUGACACAAGAUAUAGAGUUUAAAAGUUUGAAACUGAGUUGUUGUUUGUCUGUGAUCAUAUAUUUGUGUUUGGGAGUUGAUGGUUGUUAUUGUCAGGUUUACAGUGAGGUAUUAAAGGUGAUCCCUUUAUAUGCUCUAUUUUUUCUUUAAAAUAGAUCAGGCAUAUUUGUAAUGUAGUAACUACUCAGAAGUAAUAAAACAAACUGUCAACAUAGAUUAAAAACUUUAGGACAGGUGAGACAUGUCUUUAGUAUGCAUAUACAUAUAUUCAUCACAAUUAUAUUUAUGACAAUUCUUUGCUCAAUAUUUGUACUUUCUGGCUGAAUAACUCAUAGCACCAUAAGAAAAGUAUCUAUAUGUUGUAAGUCUAGUUAAACUUGCAGAUAUUUUCCUUUUGUAAAGGUUUGUACAGAAGUAAAAAAAAAUCAUUGUUCAAUGUAAUGUGGAAUGCAGUACAUUUAUCAUUUGAAUAUAUGUUAACAUUUUGUAUUAAUACCGAGUGUGUUGCAGAAAUUUUGGGUUGCCUAGGCAGAGUCAUAAGAAAGCUUUUUCCACCAGUGGUGUCAACUCUCAGUUUAUAUGGUUAGCCACUGAUAGUAACUCAAUGGUAUUUUGUAUGCAGUUGUGCAAGUAUUGGCAAAUUUUUUUCCAUGCAUGGAUAUUUUGAGAAACAUCUUUUUGUGCUGUGAUAAUUGAACAAAAAUUAACAGGUUUAAUAUGAUAUAAGAAAUUGUUUCUAGGUUUAAAUUUUUAUUUAUUUUUGUUUUAUAAGUUUGGAAAAGAUGUGGUCAGAAUUAUUUUUUUAAUCAUAGAUUUUCUGAAAUUUCUUCUUAUAGGAUUUCAACAGAAAAGAUAGAUGGAUGUAACAAUAAAUUUAAAGGUGCCAUUUUUAUUUUAUUUUUAUAAAGGUAUAAAUUUACUUAAUGUUAAAAUAUCUCAAAUUUUCAAAACCCUCUUGUUUUGGAAUUUCAACAACUAUAUUGGUACAUAGGUAUUAUAUACAGUCAAAAUUAUUCGCCGUUGUCAAAGUUAAGAUAAAAACUUAGUUUUUGUCAAGCCUGUGACUUCUGUGGCAGAAAGCUGGCGGCAGUGGCAGAGUUUGUCCACUUCUUCAAAGUUUUAUAUUUAAGAAGGUGGAAGACCUAUGUGCUUCAUACUUUGUAUAUAGAUGCCUUAUGUUAAGCAGUUUUCGUCUGUUAUCUGUGACCUCAUUUUCUUGGUUCAGUGACCACUUAAAAAAAAAGUUUUUAGCAAAACUGUUUGUACCUAUCAAGAACACAUCCUGAAUUAAUUACCGUAUCAAUCAAAAUUUAUAAAAAAUGACAACCUAGUGCUAUGAAAAUAAAUUUCUUUGUAAGCUUCACACAGAACAUUUGCAAGAAGGGUCCUUGCUGACAUUUGAUUGUCAGUGUUCUAGUUGUAAUGACUGAGGUACAAGUGAACAACUGAAUGCUUAGUAGGAUAAUGUAUUAAAUCUCAUCAUUUAGAUGAAUAAGGAUUAUUAAUUUUGCAUCUUUGUUUUACUAUCAUUUUCAGAUUUCAUCUGUAGAUCAUUGUACAUAUAACCUGUAUUUAUUCAAAGAAAUUUGCUCAUACUGACACACAAAUGCUGAUUGUCAUGUUAUUUGUUUAUUUAUGUAUAUUAUGCUGCAGAAUUGUAUAAAUAAAUUUUUAUUUCACAUCUAACGUAAGGGUACCCAAAUUGAACCUAUUUAGAAAAAAUAGCAACGGAAAUCUUACAAGAUUUCCUAGAGACUAAAUAAUUUGUAUUUUUAUGAUUUGAUACUAUGCACGUCUUUCAACAUAGGUAAACAUAUUUAGACAUACACAAAAUGUUCACAGUAUUUAUCAACAGAUGGACUGUUUACUGAAAAAACAAAAUGUACGAAAACGUCAUCAUGCGACGUCAUCAAAACGUCAUCUUUUUAAAAUUAGCAAAUACAAUAUAUAUUAUAAGUAUCCAUUUCGUAAAAUAUGAAGAGGGAGCAUGGACUAAUAUCCAAUUGUUCAAAAUAUUUGAUGAAAUUAAACAAAAGCUUGGUUAUUAGACUUUUGACGAUGUGAAUUUAAGCAUGGAUGCAAUUUGGGUACUCCUCAUUACAGAAUUAUGGAUAGUUUGGAGGUUGAUUCAAACCCAUUUUUUUAUGACUCAAUAUGGAUUAAACAUUAAAUUGGUGUACCUAUACAAUAAAGAAGGACAGGGCUACAAAAUAUACACAUUAAGGACAUUUAUUUCUUGAUCAUAAAACUAGAGGCUCUAAAGAGCAUGUGUCGCUCACCUUGGUCUAUGUGAAUAUUCAAGAAAACAAAGGAAGCAGAAGGAUUCAUGACAAAUUUGUGUUUUGGUGAUGGUGAUGUGUUUGUAAAUCUUAGGUGUCAGACCACCAAUUACUCCCUCAAAUUUAGAAUGUAUGUAAAAGUAGGCCUACUGGGGACAAAAAAUAGUGCAUUUGAUGUCAUUGUUUACUUAAACUACCCAAAAAAUUUUGCAGAAAUGAAACUUUUGGUGAAAGAGAAAUAUAUUAAGACCAUUUUGAGCCCAAAGGAGUAUGUUUGAUAUGGUCAUAAAAUGGCCCCGGUUUUUCGCGUAAAUUUAAAAUUCGGGUUUAUCGACCAAUAUCACGCUAAAUUAUAGCCAACACAUUGACUAGCUAGGAUAUAAACCAUUUUGUUGAAAAUUUUACGUUUCUGUGUUUCAUUAUGACAUCACAAGUUGUACUCAUAUUGAUUUUUCACGAAAAAAUCAAUGAAAAUGGGUGAAUUUCCAUAGAUCAUUGGACAGGAAACAUAGAGUGCAUACGACGACAACAAAGAUCUUUUAAAAUAAUGUUUGUGAAGACAUUUCAAAUUUCUUAUUUGAAUCUUAAGCUUGUCGACGCCUGCACUCUAUGUUUCCUGGUCCUUUAUUUGACCGAAAUCUAGCUGAUUUUGUCAUAUUUCAACAAAAUCCCUUAUCUUUACCUUUUUGGAUGUAAAAAUCAAUGUCAUAGAAUUAAACUUUGACAAAAUCAGUACUGUUUAACUUUCUAACAUGUCUUUAAGGCAACUUUAGACAUUUAUCAUCUUGUAACUCUGAACUUUAUAAUUGGGGCCAAAUAUGACCCUUACCGAACUUACUCCUUUACUUGUCUAUGAGUUGAAAUUAAAAAUUUAGGAUUAAUGCGCUCCAUAGUAUACUAAUUUAAGAUUUCAAGAAAACCAGGGGUUAUUUUUAGUGGUACAUCCAUUCGGAAGGUAUCUUCUUUCUUAUAUGGCUUUAAAGGUGUGUCGAAAAUUGGCGUGAAGAAAGGUGAUACCUGUAAGAUUCAGGACAUACCAGGUUUGUAAGAGGUUAAACUGAAGAUAAAAAUUUUAGAAUGCUAUGAAAAUUGCAAAAUUUGGUUGAACAGAUAGGGACUUUUAAUUGGUGGUCUGACACCUCUUACUUUACUAAACAUUGUUGCUGCUUACAAUUAUCUCUAUCUAUAAUGAACUUGGCCCAGUAGAUUCAGAGGAAAAUGUUAGUAAAAAUUUACAAACUUUAUGAAAAUUGUUAAAAAUUGACUAUAAAGGACAAUUACAGGCAGAUAGAUCUUGACCUGAUAAACAAUUUUACUUCUUGUCAGAUUUGCUCUUAAUGCUUUGGUUUUUGAGUUAUAAGCCAAAAACUGCAUUUUACCCCUAUGUUCUAAUUUUAGCCGUGGCGGCCAUCUUGGUUUGAUGGCCAGGUCACUGAACACAAUACCCAAAAGAUGAUUGUGGGUAAGUUUGGAUUAAUUUGGCCCAGUAGUUUCAGAGGAGAAGAUUUUUGUAAAAGAUAACUAAGAUUUACGAAAAUUGGUCAUAAAUUGACUAUAAAGGGCAAUAACUCCUAAAGGGGUUAACUGACCAUUUUGGUCAUGUUGACUUAUUUGUAAAUCUUAAUUUGCUGAACAUUAUUGCUGUUUACAAUUUAUCUCUAUCUAUAAUAAUAUUCAAGAUAAUAACCAAAAACAGCAAAAUUUCCUUAAAAUUACCAAUUCAGGGGCAGCAAGUCAACAACGGCUUGUCCAAUUCAUCUGAAAAUUUCAGGGCAGAUAGAUCUUGACGUGAUAAACAAUUUAAUCCCUGUCAGAUUUGCUCAAAAUGCUUUGGUUUUUGAGUAAUAAGCCAAAAACUGCAUUUUACCCCUAUGUUCUAUUUUUAGCCGUGGCGUUGGAUGGCCAGGUCACCGAACACAAUUUUUAAACUAGAUACCCUAAUAAUGAAUUCGGCCAUGUUUGGUUAAAUUUGGCCCAGUAGUUUCAGAGGAGAAGAUUUUUGUAAAAGCUAACGACGGACGAGGACGACGGACGACAGACGCCGGACGCCAAGUGAUGAGAAAAGCUCACUUCGGUCUCACUAAUUAGCGACAACAAGAAUUUUAGCGACAACAAGCGACAAGAAGCGACAACAAGAAUUAUUUUAGCGACAACAAGCGACAAGAAACUAUUUAGCGACAAGAAAACAUAUUUGUUUUAAUUAAAAUUUAUAAUUGCAAUAAAUAUUAAAAGAAUAUGCAAAAGAAAUAAUUUUAGCGCCAGAAAGUUUAAAUUGAUAGAAAAAAAUGAAACAUUAUUUACAUAUUCGAGGCCCCUCAUGGGGGGGUCCUAGUAAUCACAUAAUCACCAUUUUUUUGCCAAUAUAAUCACAUAAUCAUUAAAUAUUUGCUUAUCUUUAGUAAUCAAAUAAUCAUAAACUAAAAAUACAGUCCUAGGUAAUCAAAUAAUCAUGAAAUAUUUGGCUUAAUAAUCAAAUAAUCAUUAAAAAAAACGGCCAAGUAAUCACAUAAUCAAAAACCCCAUAUUCAUUUUAUCAUCUAUUAUGUAUAACAGUCAGUAUUACGUUUAAUUACAAAUAAAGCAUCGAAUUGACAUAACAAGAGUACACUUAGAGCAUAGUUUUAAGCAAAUGAUUCAAAAUGGUAUAUUCCAUUAUGCCCACUCCAUAUAUAUCUCCAUUCGUUUAUUCAUACUUUGACUUUGAUGAAAACAGAUACAUACAUUAUCUUAUACAUAUUCUUCAUAUUUAAAAAUAAAAUGAAGCUCAACCUCUUUCUUCUUCACAAAUGUUUAAUUUCUUCAUCUACCAAUAUACUAAUAUUAACUUCACAAUCUCUUUCUUCCUCACAAAUGUUUCAUUUCUUCGUCUAUCUAUAUAAUAAAACAUUUUAAUUAGACAUCUGCUCGUAAAUUUAAAAAAAAAAUUACAUACAAAUUUCUUUAUAUGCAAUAAAAAAAAAUGUUUUCUUGUCGCUAAAUAGUCUUCUUGUCGCUUGUUGUCGCUAAAAUAAUUCUUGUUGUCGCUUCUUGUCGCUUCUUGACGCUUGUUGUCGCUAAUUAGUGAGACCCGCUCACUUGGCUCUUUGGGCCAGGUGAGCUUAAAAAGUAGGUAAAAAAACUUUCAAAAUAGGUGCAAUAUGGGUACCGUCACGUUAUACAUGUAUCACGAUUACAAAUGGUAGCUAAUUUUGUAAUUUAUUUGGAAAAAAAUAUAAUAAGUUGAAAAUCA